UUGGUCAUAAUUACCAUUUAUUCACCAACCCAACUCCACCAACCUCCUCUCCACUCAAUUCAAAACCCUCUCUCUACAAAAGGAGUCAUAGAGAGAGAGAGCAAGAGAUACAAGUGUGUAAGCGAAAUCAAUGGCGGAAACUUGCGGAGUGAAGAGAAUGAAGCUGGGAAGCCAAGGCCUUGAGGUAUCUGCACAAGGCCUCGGUUGCAUGGGCCUCUCCUCCUUCUACGGUGCUCCCCAGCCCGAAACUGACGCCAUCGCUCUUCUCCACCACGCAAUAAACUCCGGCGUCACUUUCCUAGACACCUCCGACAUCUACGGCCCUCAGACCAACGAGCUGCUCCUCGGAAAGGGUCUGAAGAAUGGGUUGAGGGAAAAAAUAGAGCUUGCAACCAAGUUCGGGAUCAGCUAUGCAGAGGGGAAGAGAGAGAUAAAGGGAGAUCCUUUGUAUGUUAGAGCUGCUUGUGAAGCUAGUUUGAAGCGUCUUGAUGUUGGUUGCAUUGAUCUUUACUAUCAGCAUCGGAUUGAUACUCGUGUCCCUAUCGAAAUCACUAUGGGAGAACUUAAGAAGCUAGUUGAAGAGGGUAAACUAAAGUACAUUGGCUUGUCUGAAGCCUCUGCCUCAACUAUCAGAAGAGCGCAUGCUAUUCACCCUAUUACUGGAGUGCAGUUGGAGUGGUCUCUGUGGUCGAGAGACGUAGAAGAAGAGAUCAUCCCAACCUGCAGGGAGCUUGGGAUUGGAAUUGUUGCUUACAGUCCUCUGGGACGAGGUUUCUUUGCAUCAGGACCUAAGCUUGUUGAGAAGCUUGACAAGAACGACUUCAGAAAGACUCUACCAAGAUUCCAACAGGAAAACUUAGACCACAACAAGAUCCUCUAUGAGAAAGUUUGUGCAAUGUCGGAGAAGAAAGGGUGCACUCCGGGACAACUAGCCCUAGCAUGGGUUCACCACCAGGGGGAUGAUGUUUGCCCCAUCCCGGGAACCACUAAGAUCCAGAACCUCAACCAGAACAUUGGAGCUUUAUCAGUGAAACUCACUCCUGAAGAGAUGACUGAGCUCGAGACCAUUGUCCAAUCAGAGUCUGUGAAAGGAGAAAGAUACGGUAACAUGAUGGCCACUUUCAACAACUCUGACACUCCACCAUUGUCUUCUUGGGAAACUGCUUAAACCAGUCGAGUGGUCUCCGAGAUUAUACCAUUUCCAGGGAAACCCAAAUAUUGUUGUUAAUGCAUUGAAAAAUAAAUCAUGUAUAGAGUUCCCCAAGUGAAAUCUUCAAUCUACACUUCCAUACAUUGUGACCAAACUCUAUAAAUAAACUUUAUGUUCUAUUAAAAACUUCAGAGUUGGUUGCUA